AUGAAUCCAGGUUGGACGCCAGGCACGGUACCAGGUACAACGCCCGGAGUGACACUAGAGACGACCCCUGGCACCUCACCAGCCUUGGAAGCUUGGGCAUUUGUAGAUGGCGAUCCAGCAGGUGCAGAUCCUGGGAUGAAUCCAGGUUGGACGCCUGGCACGAAACCAGGUACAACGCCCGGAGUAACCCCAGCGACACCCUGGCACCUCACCCCUUAA